GUCAUGGCGGCCAAUGUCGGCGCCGUCGAGACAUCGGACAAUUGUCGUGUUAUCGCGAUAAAUCCUUACCUUAUCUCGCGAAGAUUUCGAUCGCCGUAAUAAAACACGACGAGAUUUGAGAAUCCAACGGGGAAACUCGAUCUGUAUGUUCCAAUGAAAGCCGGUCAUCGGCAGAAACGCGAUAACGCGACUUGCGCUUGACGCGUGUGUAUCAAUAUAAGUGUCAAUGUUAUCGAGAUUCACAGAAGAAGAUAGACUCGAUGUAGACGGUGAUCACGCUGGCACGUUGACGUUAAAUAAUCCCGAGUGUAAGGCUGAGCGGAUCGGUGACAGCGAUGCGUUCCAGCAUAACCGGAUUACGUAUUCGCGUCUCGUUUAUUCGACAGAAGGCGGAAUCUUGGCACGGGGAGAAACGAAGAAUGGAGCUCGGCGGCUGUCAUCGGUCGGCCGCAGAAUUCGGUCGCGCAGUUGACGUGAGAGACGAGGUUGUUGUCAUUGUUAGGAGCGCGGUGAACGGGACGAGAGGAGCGCCGUAUGUACUUCGGGUGUAACUCGGCACGACCGGCUCGUUAGGGACGACCAGAGGCAGGUGAAUGCAUUGCAAAGGGCGAAUACGUUGUCGCUGCCGCCGUGGUCGUCGUCGUCGUCGCCGCCGUAAGCCGUGACCCGGCUGAGAAAACAAUGUCGAGGAUGAGAAUGGCUGAUAAUGGCAAUGGUAGGCGACACUCGAGGUGAGAUCCACCGGGUGGAGCAUGCCGUCAAGGCUCCCGUUAUGCCGUUGACUUCUCACGAGGAUAUCUGCUCGCAAGGAGUAGCGGUGGAUCGCGGUAGAACCGGGCCGGUCGGAAGGAGUCGUCGAGGAGAGGGAAAAGAAGGUGUCGUCUCCGGCCCGGAGCCGGCACGUUAAGAUCGCGGUGGUAGCUUGGGAAAAGCCCUCGCUCUGGAAAAUGAACUCCAUGCUAUAUACUCUGUACGGGUUCGCGAUAUUCUUCAUGAUAUUCUGGUCGGGCAUGUGGGUGGUGCACGUGUUGGCGUUGAUCGCGGGCCGUUGGAAGUUGCAUCGCAAGGUGAACCAAGUUCCGAGCUACGAGACGCCGCUGCCGGGUGUCUCCGUGAUAAAACCGUUGAUGGGGGUCGAUCCGAACCUCUUCGCCAAUCUCGAGACCUUCUUCACCAUGGAGUAUCCCCGAUACGAGCUUCUGUUCUGCGUCGAGGACGACUCCGAUCCCGUGUUGAUGUUGGUGCGCAAACUGAUCGAGAAGUACCCGGAAGUCGAGGCCAGACUGUUCGUCGGUGGUUGCAACGUGGGAGUGAAUCCGAAGAUCAACAACAUGCAGCCGGCGUACGAAGCCGCGAAGUACGAGCUCGUGCUGAUCAGCGACAGCGGCAUACGCAUGAAGGAGGACACCCUGUUGGACAUGGUGAAUUAUAUGACCGACAAGGUCGCCUUGGUUCACCAGAUGCCGUUCACCUGUGAUCGCGAGGGUUUCGCCGCAGCUUACGAGAAGAUCUUCUUCGGCACUGUGCAAUCGCGCAUGUAUCUGGCCGCGGAUUUACUCAGGAUAAACUGUCACACGGGGAUGUCGGCGUUGCUGAGGAAGUCGACUUUGGACGAGGUCGGCGGCUUGAAGGCUUUCGGUAUCUACCUCGCGGAAGACUUUUUUUACGCUAAAUCGCUGACCGACCGCGGCUGGCGCAUCACCGUGUCCUCGCAGCCGGCGCUGCAGAACAGCGGCCACUGCGAGUUGGACACUUUCCGUGCGAGACUGCGACGAUGGGCCAAACUGCGGGUGGCGAUGUUACCCACCACCAUUGUCCUGGAGCCGCUGAGCGAGUGCUUCGUACUGGGUGGUUGUGCUUCUUGGGCAGCUAGUGUGCUAUUCGAGUGGGACUCCCUAGUUUUCUAUUUGGUACAUAUACUCCUGUGGUUCAUGUUCGACUGGACGUUGCUGUGCGUCGUGCAGAACGGCCCGUUGCCGUUCAACAAGCUUGAGUUUGUGUGCGGCUGGCUGCUCAGCGAGACCACCAGGCCGUAUCUUUUCCUUCAGGCUGUCCUGGAUCCUCUUAUACAAUGGCGAUCGCGCGUCUACAAGCUCAAGUGGGGCGGCGUCGCCGAGGAGGUUAAAGCGAAAGUCAAAUAUUAAGAAUUUAAGCGUAUGCUUGUGCGUGUGUGUGUGUGUGUGUGUAAUUAGAUUAUUAUAAAAAGGAGACGGAACAAUGGUCUUUUUUUCUUAACCUGAUCUAAUUAUCAGUGUGCGUAAUUAUACUAGGCGUUUUAGCGAUCCCGCAUUUGUAUUAAUCUCUUGCCGCUGACCGCAGGCUUCUAUAUAUUAUUAUUAGACCACCAACUCCCUCGUAUGUUGUAUCGAGAAAUGGACCCUGAAAAAUAUGGAUCGCGUACUAUUUAUUAAAGUAGGAUAAAAGAAGCGUGACGGUGGAUUAAUGUGAUACAACCAAUCGGAUGUGAUUGUCAUUACUAGUUACAUGAUGAUUCUACAUAUUUUUCGGAGGCAUAUAUUUCGUAGGAGUUAGCGGUCUGAUAGUAUGCGGAAGUGUGUGGCACUGAUACGUCGAUUUGAAAUAACAAGAUUUUCGUUGAAAUAUCACGAACAAAUUAACGUCGAGAAGAGAAACAUCAAGAAGGUAUUUCAUUCUGUUUUCAAUGAUUUUUGACCGAAAUCUUCCGACUCUUCACACUUGAUCGAGCAAAUUGCAGUAUUCGAUAUUUCACGAGUCAACUAAGUUUGAAAAAAAAAUAUCACUUGCAAUUUUUAUCGUAACACAAUCGGAUAAAAAUUUGAGAGGAAGCUUAUGAUACUAUGAGAAUGUGUGAUGUUUAAAAUACCUCGUGUACUUACGCUAUACGUGGUUUUCGAUGCGUGUUUCAGGCUGCGCGUAAAACGAUUCUCAAUCGCAGCUUCGCCGAUACGGAUGUUACAUUUCUUUAUAAUUGUACAGAAAACAAUAGAAUUAUUAACUAGCGCGGUAAAUCGCGGACAACUACGCUGUCUUGAACGUUUCAUCGUCAAGCUUUGUUAAUGACCAUUUGUUGAAUAGAAAUUUCGUAUGAUUAUUUUAGAAGUGAGAACUUCAUUCGAUGAGGCAAGAUUGGCCGGAUUGAUUUGCACGAAAUACAGCCGGUAUUCAUAGUCGAAUCCUAUACAUAAGACCGUCUUAAAUUUAUCUUCAAAUACUGUACGGCUCCUUUGCAUUGACUACAGAAUAUCUUGAAAUGAACUUAAGAUGGUCUCAAAUAUACGAUCCGACUAUGAAUAUCGGUCUUAGACUGUAAGAUCUAUAUUGUACUGGAGUAAGCCUUCAUGCCGAAGAAUAGGUCACGUAAAUGUUGAUUAGAUCGCUAUCUUUGUCAGCGAUUCAUUUAUCGAUUGGUUGGGCGGUGUAGCGUCAACCAAUUGAUGAAUCGCUCCAACAAAGACAGCAACCGCAAAGACACAACAUUUAUGUGCUUUUUUCGAAAGUUCACACUUCGGUAUGGCGUAGAGUUCGCUGUACUUACACGCGUAGUUGCCAGGAGAAACACUUUGAUCAUCAUUUCAAUGAAAUCGUGCGGUACGCUCAAUAUAGUGCAACGCUCGGUGAAAAGAAUACUUAUAAUGGUUUUCAUUAUAGUAAGUAUAACUAGUCGUGAUCGAGUAUGCAGAUCGGGCGGUGUCGGUUCUCUUUCGUAUCGAUAUCGUACGUGUAUUGUCUUUCCACGCAUCGGUUAUGAAACCGCAUUCUAUGUAAUUAAGGCGAAUCAAUGGCAAUCGAGGAUGUCGCUGGUGAAUAGGUCAUUUUGACGAUGAAUUAAGAAAUUGUGUAAAGUAUUAUGUAAGCGUGAGAUAUGAAAUCCGGUGGAGCGUGGUUUUUGUUUGUAAGGUUAAUUAUCGAACUCCCCCGAUCUCUUUUAAUUCGGACUUAUAAUAGGUGUAACAAGCCCUCGGAGCUUUUUGCUCCGAGCAAUUAAAUACAACGUGAUUUCUGACAGAAAACAUUUCCCGCGCCGCCGAAAGUUGUAGUAGGAUUUAAAUCUUAAGAAUCGCAAAGUCUGAGAAUGCUGGGAUUCGAAAUGCUUUUUGCUAAAAAUUAUGUUACAUUUAAAGGUCUGUUACACCUAUUGCAGAUCCAGCUUUACAGAUUCAGAUGUAUACGUAUAUCGUGAAAUUAAAAUUGGAAUAUAUUGAAAAUACACUCUGUAUUACGCAUUCGACGUGUAUAUUUUUUCUAUUCGAUUAUUUUCACCGAGAUGCGGUGAUUUGUUAGUGUGUUGACCUCUAGAGGUUAACAUCAUCUGUGACGAUUAAUGACUUAGAGUAGGAUACACUUUGUGUUGCAAAUGCUUCGAAGCGCCAUACAGACUAAUCGUAUUCUUUAUUUAAACACUUCAGAGCGUUUGCAGUUUCAAGUAGAUCGUACUCUUGGAAACUCGAUAAUACGUCACUUGAUGUGAUCAUAGAUCUGUUCUUUGUCGCUAAACUAAUGCACACUCUCGGAACUUGAAAAGAAACACUGAUAUAUUGCUAUGACGUCGUGUAAAGAAGAGGAAAAUAGAAUUUGUGCGAACUAGUGCAGCUAAUUCAGCUAUAAAGAGCAGGCCUAAUAUUUCACGUAAACCCACAUACAUGUAUAUAUAUGUAUAUAUAUAACUAUUGUCAUCUUUAACAUUUCUUAAACUAAGUGAGAUAUCAAGAUUCCGUUACUUUGAGAUUGUAUAGUGGUUAGGGGAAUGUAUUUGGAUAAAAAAUAACUUGACCUCGAGUGGAUGUGUCAAGAUAAAAUGAAAGUUAUCUUCAUUUUUUUAUGGAAUCAUACUUUUUUUUAACACAACUCGAUUCCUCUGAUCAUUCUGUGUAUAAAAGUACUAACAAGAGAAUGGUACGUAUUGACGCACAAGAGUCGCUUUGAAACUGAUAUUAACGUAUAGAGGACAGUUUCAAAGGCAUUGCUACCAAUUCAUUAUCAUCGGUUUGUCCCGGUACUCGAGAAAUGGGCCCAUUUCGUUUCUAAAACCCGCCUGAUAACGAGUUUGGGAAUUAACCACAAACAGCAACAAAAGGAAAAACAAGUCUUAUCUCGCUAGAGACGAUCUGUUCUGACCACUGAACAGCCUCUAUGAUACUUGACGGGCCCCAUUCACGCAACCAACUUGUUUUUCCCUUUGCCGCUGUUUGUAGUUAAUUCCCAACCUCGCAAUUUCUCGAGUACCGGGACGAAUCGAUGAUAACGAAUUGGUAGCAAUGCCCUUGAGACUGCCCUCUAUACGUUGAUACCGGUUUCAAAGCGAUUCUUGUGUGUCAGUACGUAUCAUUCCCUUGUAAGAUAAGAUA